UCACCGCAACAGUAGGUAAAUCAGCUUGAUGCGACCACCAUGGAUGUCCGGGAUGGUGCGGGAAGCUCAGAGGCUACAAACCGGACGACAGGGAGUUGGUGAGGAGAUGCUGCCAGGUCAUAUACCCGCCAUAGCUUAUUGAUAUCAAGAGACGAGGAGCCGCUGCCACCGAAAAGCCCCGGUGUUUAUGUGACGGUAGCGCUGGACCAUGGGCUGGAAGCUGCUGACGCUGCUCUUCAUCCUGCAGGAGCUGACCAGCUGCGCCGAGGCUGCGGCAUGUAACGGGUGUGGAACUAGCAAAUGUGACUGUAGUGGAGUAAAAGGACAAAAGGGUGAUCGAGGAUUACCUGGUCUGCCUGGCAUUAUUGGCUUUCCUGGGCUUCAAGGACCAGAGGGCCCCCCUGGACCAUUAGGACAGAAAGGUGACACAGGUGAACCAGGACUUCCAGGCACAAAAGGAAACAGAGGGCCUCCCGGAUCUGCUGGAUUUCCAGGAAACCCUGGUCUCCCUGGCAUACCUGGUCAAGAUGGCCCUCCAGGCCCAUCUGGCAUUCCAGGCUGCAAUGGUACAAAGGGUGAACGAGGACCAUUGGGACCACCUGGACUUCCAGGCUUAAUAGGUUAUCCAGGCCCCCCAGGUUUACCAGGAAUAAAGGGAGAUCCCGGAGAUGUUGUCGGUAUGCAGGGAUUAAUGAUAAAAGGAGAGAAAGGUUUACCUGGAAUCAAUGGAUUACCGGGUACACCGGGAUUGCCUGGUUUAGAAGGACCAUUGGGACCUCCCGGUCCACCAGGGCGUCCUGGAUCACCUGGCCCCCCUGGGCCACCAGGGUCAAAGGGUUCAAUGGGGCUAAGCUUUCAUGGACCACAGGGUGAAAAGGGUGAACCAGGACCACCAGGACCUCCAGGUCCACAAGGCCCAGCACCUUUUGAAAAAGGUUCAGUGUGGUAUAGAGAAAAGGGAGAAAAGGGGAUGCAAGGUGAUAAAGGUGAUCUGGGUAAUAAGGGUGAAGCUGGAUUAAAUAUUAAAGGGGAAAAAGGCGAACCUGGAAAACCAGGGCCCAGAGGAAAACCUGGGAAAGAUGGGGAAAAAGGACAAAGGGGAUAUGAUGGUAUACCUGGUAGACAAGGAUUUGAUGGAAUUCGAGGACAGGAUGGACAAAAAGGAGAAAAAGGUGACACUGGACCAGCAGGACCGCCAGGAAUAGUAAUACAAGAUGGCCAGCAAACUGUUACUGGAGAAAAAGGAGAUACUGGACUACCUGGUUAUCCUGGCAGCAAAGGAGAAAAGGGUUCCAAAGGUUUAACUGGAAUACCGGGAAACCCAGGACAACCAGGUAUAUCAAUUCCUGGACCAUCUGGGGCACCUGGAUUAACAGGAGAAAGGGGUGAAAAAGGUGAACCUGGAAUUCCUGGAUUAUCCUUGCCUGGACAGAAAGGCAGAGAGGGACAACGUGGACCUCCGGGUAUCCCUGGUCCAACAGACCCAACCCAAGAAUGCAUUCCUGGGCUGCCUGGUGAACCUGGAGCCUCUGGAAAUCCAGGUGAACAAGGAUUCCCUGGAGAAAGAGGUCAAAAAGGUGACAAAGGAGAUGCCUGUCCAACGUGUGAAACAAUGCCAUCACCACUACCAGGGCCACCAGGGCCUCAAGGUCCUCCUGGGGAACAAGGUUCUCCUGGCCAAUCAGGAAUUAAGGGAGACAGAGGGGAACCAGGCUAUGAUGGCCCACCAGGAGCACCUGGACCACAAGGUGUCCCAGGCCUUAUGGGGAGACCUGGAGCAAAAGGAGCACCUGGUGAAGUUUAUUUUGAACCAAAAUUAAAAGGGGACAAAGGAGAUCCUGGCUUACCUGGACUGCAAGGUACUCCUGGAAGAGAGGGAAAGCCUGGAAGAGAUGGCGAGCCAGGACAACCAGGCCUUAAAGGUGUUUCGGGAUCAAUUGGCUUCAAAGGUGAGCGUGGACCACCUGGAGACAGUGGAUUUCCUGGGCUACCUGGACAAAAAGGUUUGCAAGGACCUCCAGGAUCUGGUCCAACAGGGCAACCUGGAGAAAGAGGAGAACCUGGAGUGCCAGGAUUUUCAGGAGUACCAGGCAAUCCAGGAAGUAAGGGUGAACCUGGAAAAUUAACUAUUCUGUCAGGGCCACCGGGACCAAUGGGAAACCCAGGUUCACCUGGUUUGCCAGGAGAUCAAGGUGAUAAGGGUGCUCCUGGAUUUCCAGGAAGACCUGGAUUUCCUGGAGAAAAGGGUGAGCUUGGCUUACAAGGGAAAGGACUUCCUGGGCCUCCUGGUGAAAAAGGUUAUCAAGGUAUGGAAGGUGCACGAGGAACGGAUGGUAUUCCUGGUCAGCCAGGUCGUGAUGGUCUACGGGGUGAAUCAGGUGCACCAGGACCAAAAGGUGAGCCAGGACUGGGUCUUCCGGGACCUAAAGGAGCAAGUGGGCCUCCAGGUCCUUAUGGAGCUGCUGGAGAAAAAGGAAACACAGGAGCAACAGGUGUUCCUGGAGAACAAGGUCUUCCAGGAGUUCCAGGAUAUUCUGGGGCUAAAGGUGACACUGGACCGGCUGGCCAACCAGGCUUAAGAGGUAACCCUGGUGUUCCAGGAUUUGGCCCACCAGGUGAACCAGGGCCCUCAGGACCAGCAGGAUCCCCAGGAGUUCCAGGUCCCAUAGGAGUAAAGGGAGAGAGAGGCUAUCCAGGAUUUCCUGGAACUGACAUGCCAGGACCAAAGGGAGAUAAAGGGACAUCAGGCAUGCCUGGCAUAAUGGGUAUGCCUGGUGUACCAGGGUUUCAAGGUGCACCAGGAAAAGAUGGAUCUCCAGGUCUUCAAGGACAAAAAGGAGAUAUGGGUUUGAUGGGAAUUCCAGGAAUCCAAGGCCAACCAGGUUCACCAGGAAAUCCAGGCUUACCUGGGGAAAAAGGUGAUCCUGGUCCAACUGGGUCUCGUGGUGGGAUAGGAGCUGAUGGAGCAAAAGGUGAAAAGGGUGAAACAGGUUUGCAAGGCCUCCCAGGAACACUUCCUUCUAUGGAAAACAUGAAGGGUGAAAAAGGAGAUCAGGGCAACACAGGACAAAUUGGGCUUGAAGGAGAGAAAGGAUCGCGUGGUGAUUUAGGAUCCCCUGGAAUGCCUGGAAAAGAAGGGGAGAAAGGAAUGCCGGGAAAGCCAGGACCAAAAGGAGAUAAAGGUGGUCAAGGAUUUCCGGGUGCUCCAGGGACUCAGGGGCAAAAAGGGUCGAUGGGAGAAAUGGGUUUGCCAGGGCCCACUGGACCAAAGGGUGAACAUGGUAUUCAGGGCACUCCUGGCCUGCCUGGAGUUACUGGAAUCAAAGGUGAAAAGGGACUUAAAGGUGCAGAAGGUGUUCCAGGCAUAGGCAUUCCAGGACCUCCUGGUAUAAAGGGUGAAGCUGGAACUCCUGGUCUUCAAGGGUUACCAGGUGAAAGGGGAGAAAAGGGUGACAUUGGUGUCCCUGGAAUGCCUGGAAUACCAGGACCAAAAGGAACUGUGGGCCUUGCAGGGCUUCCAGGUAGCCCAGGAAUUCCUGGAGAGAAAGGGACGAGGGGCUUUCCUGGACUGGAUGGUGUUCCUGGAUCAAAAGGACAACCAGGGGAACAUGGCAUCCAGGGCCCCCCUGGCUCAAUUGGAGAAAAAGGAGAACCUGGCUAUGAUGGAAUUCCAGGGACACCUGGUGAGAAGGGUGAGCCAGGUUUACCUGGGAGAGGCAUUCCUGGAUUUCCUGGUGAACAUGGUGAGAAAGGUGUCAAAGGUGACACUGGAUUGCCUGGCUUACGUGGAACCCCUGGCUUUCCUGGCAUUAAGGGUGAUCAAGGGUUUCCUGGAAGUCAAGGCAUACAAGGCCAACCUGGGGUUCCUGGACCUCCUGGAAUUGCAAUGCAGGGACCAAAAGGUGACAGGGGACAGUCAGGUCCUCCAGGAUUUCCAGGUUCUCCUGGGCCUGUGGGUGUUCCUGGUGUCCCAGGACAGGAUGGUACAAAAGGAGAGAAAGGUGAAAGAGGCUGGCCUGGAGCUCCUGGUUUUCAGGGAGUAAAAGGUGAACCGGGAAUACAGGGUCCUAUUGGAGAUGCAGGUUUUCCAGGUCAAAAAGGAGACAAAGGGGAUAUAGGUUCUCAAGGAGUGCCAGGAUUUCCAGGAUUUAAAGGUACAGAAGGUCCUAUGGGCGAAAAGGGACAAGAUGGAGAUCCUGGACCAACUGGGCUAAAAGGAUCACAAGGCCCCCCAGGGCCUCAGGGUCAAUUCCAGGUAUUCAAGGGAGACCCUGGCCCCCCAGGAUUCCCUGGUCCUUCUGGCCCAAAAGGUUUACCUGGAUUCCCAGGCCUUAAAGGAGAACAAGGUCCAGUUGGUGCAGUUGGCUUGCCUGGCCCAAGUGGAGUGCCAGGAAUAAAUGGUAUCCCAGGCCAGAAAGGAGAUUUGGGUCCCGUUGGCCCAACUGGCCCAAGGGGCUAUCCAGGUCCACCAGGUGCAGAUGGCUUACCUGGUCCAAUGGGUUUACCUGGUCUAGCGUCCAUGGCUCAUGGGUUCCUAGUAACAAGGCACAGCCAAACCACUGAAGUUCCCCAGUGUCCCUUUGGGACAGUUCCAGUCUAUAGUGGCUACUCACUUCUCUAUGUACAAGGAAAUGAAAGAGCACAUGGACAAGAUCUUGGUGCUGCGGGAAGCUGUCUUCGUAAAUUCAGCACAAUGCCUUUCCUAUUCUGCAAUAUAAAUAAUGUAUGCAACUUUGCAUCAAGGAAUGAUUAUUCCUACUGGCUGUCUACUCCUGAACCUAUGCCAAUGAGCAUGGCUCCUGUAACUGGGGAGAAUAUCCAGCCAUUCAUCAGCAGGUGCAGUGUGUGUGAAGCCCCAGCAAUGGUAAUGGCAGUACACAGUCAAACAAUUCAGAUACCUCCAUGUCCAGAUGGAUGGAUUUCAUUGUGGAUUGGAUAUUCAUUUGUUAUGCAAACCAGUGCUGGUGCUGAAGGCUCUGGCCAAGCUUUGGCAUCACCAGGGUCUUGUUUAGAAGAAUUCCGCAGUGUCCCUUUUAUUGAGUGCCAUGGAAGAGGAACCUGCAAUUAUUAUGCUAAUACUUACAGCUUUUGGCUUGCUACAAUAGAGAGGAAUGAAAUGUUCAAGAAACCUACUCCAUCAACUCUCAAAGCUGGAGAUCUCCGCACCCAUGUCAGCCGCUGUCAAGUAUGCAUCAGACAGACUUAAAGACCAAAGUUUUACAACACAUGGUGCUAUUAGUUUUAUACAAGAAGCCAAAUACUAUAUCAUUGUACCUCACUAUUGUACAAGAAAAACAGUAAAGUGCAUUAUAGAAACUUACAUAACUAACUUUGUCCAUUAAUGGUCCUUGUCCACUCGAAAGAAAGACAAAAAGACGAGAUUCUAGAUGACAUUUUGAAAUUGCAUAAUGUUUAUAAUGCACUGAUACUAUCAAGCAACAGAAGCUGAUUCCUUAAUUCAUAAGGUGCUAGGAGAUAUACAGUGCCUUAUGCUGUUGACUCCACUUAUUUUUGUACUAUAUUUUAGGUUUGUUUAAGAAAUAUAAAUAUUUGUUAAAAUCAUUGUAUGUUUUUGAUAAGUAUAUAAUUGUCCAUUAUGUGUACAAAGAAAACUUAGGGAAGUUGUAACCAGUAGCACACUACAUAAGAUCCCUUUUAUGGCUUUUUGGAUAAUAUGUUUCAAAUAUAAAUUACAGAAAAAUACUGCGGCAUGACCCAAGUUCCAUUAGUUAUUGUACAGCAGCUGAACACAACAUAACAAAGUAGUUGAUAAUGUAGGUUGUAAGAAUAUAGGAAUGGAAUAUUACUUUUAAAUGAAGCUGAAUUUUAAUGUGAUCUACAAUUGUUGAAGCAUUGCGUUUGAGUUUCCUCAUUGCAUUCAGCCCAAUAUCUGGAAUAUAAAACAUAUAAUCCUUCAUUUAUAUGAUACAGCAGAACACAUUCCUAAGUGUACAUUUGAAAUGCAGAUGCUCAAUACCAUACUUACAUAUAAUAAAAAAAAUCAAAAUUCCCAGCACUGAAUUUUUAUAUUAGUAAUUUAUGUCAGCAAAAUAGUGUAUACUAAUUUAGUUAACUGAUAUGUACAUUUUUAUAAAUAUAUAUAUAUAUAUAUACAGUAUAUAUGUAAUGUAUAAUGUAACACUAAUAAUGCCAGGUCUCUGCUCUAUUAUGCGGCAAUAUUGUUUACAGAACAAUUCCACUCGCAACUAUACUGAUCCCAGCCAGGAUAAAAAUUUAUUUUCAAAAAAUGACUCUGUGCCAAAACACAAAUAUAUCACCACAUCACCAAGUUUAAAAACAUAUAUUUUACUAUAAAUCAGAUAAAAAAAUAAGCAAAUCAAGAAAACCC